GGCGGACGGCAUCGGGGUCGUGGUGCUUGCAGCUGCUCGGGGGCGGCUUCUUGAGGAACUCGGCCGGCUCCUCUCAACCAGCUCCGCGGCGGCGGCUCUGCCCUCUCGUUCUCCCUCCCGCGUCCCCGGCUGCAGGUGAAAGAAAAGCAAGCCAGGAUGGAUAUUUACGACACUCAAACCUUAGGAGUCGUGGUCUUUGGUGGAUUCAUGGUGGUUUCUGCCAUUGGCAUCUUCCUGGUGUCGACCUUCUCCAUGAAGGAGACGUCAUAUGAAGAAGCCCUAGCCAACCAGCGCAAGGAGAUGGCAAAAACACACCACCACAAAGUAGAGAAGAAAAAGAAGGAGAAAACUGUGGAGAAGAAAGGAAAGACCAAGAAAAAGGAAGAGAAGCCCAACGGGAAGAUCCCAGAACAUGAGCUGUCUCCUAACGUGACCAUCCUCCUCAAAGAAACAGUGCGGGCACCUCCUAUGGCCAUGGCUCCCACCCUAGCCCAGCCACCCAUGGUCAUUACCCCUGUAGCCAAAGUACCAGCCAUGCCCCAGGAGAAGCUGGCCCCCUCCCCUAAAGACAAAAAGAAGAAGGAGAAAAAAGUGGCUAAGGUGGAGCCAGCAGUCAGUCCUAUAGUGAAUUCCAUCCAGGUUCUUGCCUCAAAGGCUGCCAUCUUGGAAACUGCUCCCAAGGAAGUACCUAUGGUGGCCGUGCCCCCAGUGGGUGCCAAGGCCAGUGCCCCAGCCACUGGCACUGCUCAGGGCAAGAAGGCUGAGGUGGUUCAGAGCCAGGGCAGAAAGGCAGAGGGAUCCCAGAACAAGGGUAAAAAGGCAGAGGGGGUUCAGAGCCAAGGCAAAAAGGCAGAGGGGACCCCCUGCCAGGGUAAAAAGGCAGAGGGGACCCCCAACCAGGGUAAAAAGGUAGAAGUGGUCCAGAACCAGGGCAAAAAGGUGGAGGGAACUCAGAACAAGGGGAAAAAAGGGGACGGGGCCGAGAACCAGGGGAAGAAGGCAGAGGGAGUCCAGAACCAAGGCAAAAAGGCAGAGGGGACCCUCAACCAAGGUAAAAAGGUAGAAGUGGUCCAGAACCAGGGCAAGAAGGCAGAGGGAACUCAGAACCAGGGAAAAAAGGCAGAAGGGGCCCAGAACCAGGGGAAAAAGGCAGAAGGGUCCCAGAACCAGGGGAAAAAGGCAGAAGGGGCCCAGAACCAGGGGAAAAAGGCAGAGGGAACUCAGAACCAGGGAAAAAAGGGGGAGGGGACCCAGAAUCAGGGGAAAAAGGUAGAAGUGGCCCCAAACCAGGGCAAAAAGGGGGAAGGGGCCCAGAACCAGGGGAAAAAGAUAGACGGGGCCCAGAACCAGGGCAAAAAGGGUGAGGGGGCCCAGAAUCAGGCCAAAAAGACAGAAGUGGCCCCCAACCAAGGCAAAAAGAUGGAAGGGACUCCGAAUCAGGUUAAAAAAGUAGAGGGCACCCAGAAUCAGGGCAAGACAUCAGAAGGGAGUCCCAAUCAGGGAAGAAAAACAGAGGGGACCCCCAACCAAGGCAAAAAGGCAGAAGGAGCCCAGAACCAGGGGAAAAAGGCAGUUUCAGUUGCCAAUCAAGGCAUUAAGGCAGAGAGUGUUUCAAAUGUUGGGAAAAAAGCAGAGGGGGGCUCCAAUCAAGGCAAAAAGGCAGAAGGAGCCCCAAAUCAGGGUAGAAGGUCAGAGGGGUCUCCCAACCAGAGCAAAAAGAUGGAUGUGACUGCAAAUCAGGGUAAGAAGGCAGAGUCACCUCCCAUGCAGGGUAAAAAUACAGAUAUGAUCCAGAGCCAAGAGGCACCAAAGCAAGAAGCUCCUGCUAAGAAGAAGUCUGGUUCAAAGAAGAAAAGUGAGUCUGCAGUGGCCCCGGGUCCUGACAGCCCCCUCUGCCUGCCUUAUAAGACACUGGUCUCCACGGUGGGGAGCAUGGUGUUCACCGAGGGCGAGGCCCAGCGGCUCAUCGAGAUCCUCUCGGAGAAGACUGGCCUCCUCCAGGACACCUGGCACAAGGCCACCCAGAAAGGCGAUCCUGUGGCCAUUCUGAAGCGCCAGCUGGAGGAAAAGGAGAAACUGCUGGCCACGGAGCAGGAGGACGCAGCUGCCGCCAAGAGCAAACUGAGGGAGCUCAAUAAGGAGCUGGCAGCAGAAAAGGCCAAGGCGACAGCCAGCGAGGCCAAGGUAAAGAAGCAGCUUGUGGCGCGGGAACAGGAGAUCACGGCCGUGCAGGCGCGCAUGCAGGCCAGCUACCGCGAGCACGUCAAGGAGGUGCAGCAGCUCCAGGGCAAGGUCCGGACUCUUCAGGAGCAGCUGGAAAAUGGCCCCAAUACCCAGCUGGCCCGCCUGCAGCAGGAGAACUCCAUCCUGAGGGAUGCCUUGAACCAGGCCACGAGCCAGGUGGAGAGCAAGCAGAAUGCAGAGCUGGCAAAGCUCCGGCAGGAGCUCAGCAAGGUCAGCAAGGAGUUGGUAGAGAAGUCAGAGGCCACACGGCAGGAGGAGCAGCAGCGGAAGGCUCUGGAAUCCAAGGCAGCCGCCUUCGAGAAGCAGGUUGUGCAGCUGCAGGCGUCUCACAAGGAGAGCGAGGAGGCCCUGCAGAAGCGGCUGGACGAGGUCAGCAGGGAGCUGUGCCGCUCCCAGACCAGCCAGGCCAGUCUCCGGGCUGACGCCGAGAAGGCUCAGGAGCAGCAGCAGCAGAUGGCAGAGCUGCACAGCAAACUGCAGUCCUCCGAAGUGGAGGUGAAGAGCAAAUGUGAGGAGCUGAGUGGUCUCCACGGGCAGCUCUCAGAGGCCCGGGCUGAAAACUCACAGCUCGUGGAGAGAAUUCGGUCCAUCGAGGCCCUGCUGGAGGCGGGCCAGGCCCGGGAUGCCCAGAAUGCCCAGGCCAGCCGAGAGGAGGCCGACCAGCAGCAGGCCCGCUUCAAGGAGCUGGAGCUCCAGGUGUCAUCUCUGGAGCAGGAAGCCACCAAGCUCAGGGAGGCCGUGGAGCAGCAGAAAGUAAAGAACAAUGACCUCCGAGAGAAGAACUGGGAGGCCAUGGAGGCUCUGGCUUCGGCCGAGAGAGCCUGCGAGGAAAAGCUGCGUUCCCUGACCCAGGCCAAGGAGGAGUCGGAAAAGCGGCUCAGCCUGACCGAGGCGCAGACCAGAGAGGCCCUGAGCGCGCUGCUCCCCGAGCUCUCCACGGCCCACCAGAAUUACGCCGAGUGGCUGCAGGAACUGAAGGAGAAAGGCGCCACGCUGCUGAGGCAGCCGCCAGCCGAUGCGGAGCCCCAUGCGGACCUGGGCCCCAGGCUGAGGGAGGCGGAGGAGGCCCAGAGCACGUUGCAGGCCGAGUGUGAGCAGUACCGCACCAUCCUGGCAGAGACGGAGGGAAUGCUCAGAGACCUGCAGCAGAGCGUUGAGCAGGAGGAGCAGGUGUGGAAGGCCAGGGCAGACAACUCAGAGGAGGAGCUGCAAGAGUCACGUGUCACAGUGAAACAUCUUGAAGAGGUCAUAGAGAAGCUGAGGGGAGAGCUGGAGAGUUCAGAUCAGGUGAGGGACCACACCUCGCACUUGGAGGCCGAGCUGGAGAAGCACAUGGCGGCGGCCAGCGCCGAGUGCCAGAGCUAUGCCAAGGAGGUGGCGGGGUUGAGGCAACUUUUACUAGAAUCUCAGUCUCAGCUGGAUGCAGCCAAGAGUGAAGCCCAGAAACAGAGUGACGAGCUGGCCCUGGUCAGGCAGCAGUUGAGUGAGAUGAAGAGCCACGUAGAGGAUGGUGACGUAGCUGGGUCCCUGGCCACCCCCCCAGAGGCCCCCCCAGCCGAGCAGGACCCCACAGAGCUGAAGACACAGCUGGAGCACACAGAAGCCAUCCUGGAGAACGAGCAGACGCAGCGGCAGAAGCUCACAGCCGAGUUCGAGGAGGCUCAGAACGCGGCAUGCCGCUUGCAGGAAGAGCUAGAGAAGCUCCGCACAGCCACUCCCCUGGGGUCUUCAGAAGCAGAGGAGACCACGCAGCUGAAGGAGCGACUGGAGAAAGAAAAGAAGUUGACAAGUGACCUGGGCCGUGCUGCCACCAAGCUGCAGGAGCUUUUAAAGACAACCCAGGAGCAGCUGGCAAAGGAGAAAGACACGGUGAAGAAGCUGCAGGAGCAGCUGGACAAAGCAGUGAGGGGAUGGUAGCAGCUCGAAGGAGGGCACCUCUGUCUGAAUUUCCUCUGUGGAAAAAGAAGUUACUGUUCAACUUACCAAAAUGCCUUACACAUUCCUUACAGAUAAGUCAACCAAGCAACACAGCAUUAUCCAGGCCCAACUUCUCAUAGCUCCAAGAGAGAAGCCAUUGGAGACGCAAGUCUCUUAGAACCACAGAAAUAAAUCUUCCAGACCCGUUUGUAAAAGAACCUUUGUACCGUUUGAUAAACACUAUUCCCUGAAACCAGCCCUGGAUGGUCGCCAAGCAGAUGCCAAGGCCCUCAAGCACCUGUUUGUGAAAGGAACCCAGGCUGCGCGCUGGGAGGCCGGGACAGGCUCUGGAUCUCUCUCAGUCAGUGCAGUGGGGGGUCUGCAGUGGGUGGGGGUGGGUUGGACAAGGAGGCUGUGGACAAGACUGGAGGGGCACGGCCCGGCCCAGCAAGCAGCAGCCCACCCCCCUGGAAGAAGUUGCCUCCCAGAACCAGUGUGACCUCCCGGAUUUAAUGCCAUUAAAACCAUCGUUAUGGCCCGG